GAGGUUAUAUUACAUUGUUGACGAUGCAUUGAAAACACCAAAGGAGAUUAUAAUUUUCACAAAAUAGAAUGAAUAAGUACAAGCAUAAUUUGAUUGACUUAGAUGUAAAGAAACUCUUCGUAGAACAUAAGAUUGAUGAAAUCGUUGAAAUUCAAAAGCUUCUCGAUGCCGAAAUCGAAAGAAAAAGGACAGAACUCCGAUCAAUGGUCGGAGAUCGAUACAAGGAUAUCCUAACAGCUUCCGACUCCAUCAAGAGCAUGAAGGAUAUAUCUUCAAAAAUUGUAGAAAGUAUAGAAAACAUAACUUCUUCUUGUGAUAGGCUUUUAGAGAAUGCUGAAAACGAUGAAAAGACAUCAAUUCCACAAAAUGAGGAAAAAAUCACUGAGCGAAUGUUGGUUAUACAAAUUCGAUUAGCUAUGUUUGUUAAUGAUGAAAUUUGGAUAUAUUUAGAUAAGGAAGAUCACUUGAACGCAGCACAGCUUUAUUUAUUGGGGCAGAAUAUUCACACAGGGUUAAGUUUGAUCAACUCCCCUCUCAUACAAAAAGUGCCUCUAUUCAAACAUGUUAAACAGAACUUGAGUUCUCUGAGAGGUAUAAUUUUAAGUAGAGUAAUUAAGAAGCUUGAAUCAGUUGAAUUAACAUCAGAACAAACUUGUAGUAAUUUGAAUAGUUUGAUGUUAUUGAAUAAUCAAAAUACCAAUGAAUUGGUCAGUAUUUUUAUGGAACAUAGGCAAACUGCUCUUGGAACUGUUAUUAAUAUUACACACCCUAGUGUUCGAGUACAAAUAAGUGCCAUGGUCAAAUGUUUGAUCACCACAAUCCAUCUACUUUAUGAAUGUUUUUUGUGUGGUUCAGAAGAUGGUUUGAUAUUCAAACAACUGGAAGAGAUCACAAGUGAAAAAUCAAAACCUACGUUUAGUAAAUUGAAGAUGCCUGAAUCACCACUGCUUGCUUACAUACCUAAAAUCGUUAAAGAAUUCAAACCUAAAUGCAAACAACAGAAAAAAGAUGAACACAUAUAUCUGAAAGAAAAUUAUUUCAAAAAAUGGCUAGAGACUACAAAAGAAACAGUAAAACAAGGAUUGAGUAAAUCCCUUCGUGUAAUAACAAAUGUAAAAGGGCUACAUCUUAUAAGAGAAGAAGCUUUGAAAAUAGAAACACCACGGGAAUGGGAAAAAAUCUGCGAAUCUGUAAAUUUACCAAAGAGCUUUAGUGUAUGGCAUUUUUUUUUCCAAAAUUUGAUUACGGAAAGAGCUCAGGAAUUGAUAGCGGAUAAAGUAAAAUUGAAUAUUAAUGAAUUCAAUGAGGAUAUCAAGAAAUCCUUGACAGAUUCCAAGAAAUACAAAUUGAAUGAACUUGAUUUGAGGCAAUACUUUUGGUCGGAGGAAUUGAAGGAUAUUAACAAGAUGAAUAACCAAUAUACAGGUAUCGCCAUAAAAUCUAUGGGAUAUUCUAAAACAAUUGUUACCUUAUGUCAGAAGGUAGAUGAAAGAUUUUUCGAAUUAUUAAAUGAUCUUUCUCAAUAUCUGUAUGGCCAAGAUAUCGACAGGAACAAUUUAAAUUUACCUGCACUCAUGAGAGAUGAAAUUCAGAAACAACGAUUCUUCGAUAUGGAUAUUCUUCAAAAAUGUUUAGUUCAACAAUGCGUUUCUGAAAAUCUGAAGUUAUCUCAACUCUUGUCCGAUAACCUCAAAAAGGAAGUAGACGAAGAAACAGUAAAAAACGCUUUAUUCUGUAUUCGUUUACUGCAAGCUGUUACGAAACUGUGCCCAUGUUUCAAAAAAUGCUGCUCCCUGAACAACGAACUCGAAGAAUGGUACAAAAUAUGUGAAAACUUCAACAAAUCCAGUUUGCAUAUGUGGAACGUGUGGAUUCAAUAUUUUGUCGGUAAAACUGCAAAAAUGUGUUCCGAGAAUUUCAAGGAUAUACUGCCUCAAACUACUUUAGCGUUGUUUCUCAGAUGGGACAUCAUCGAAAUCCAAGAACAAACCGAAGACAAGGUUUUCAAAUCACAAAUCAAGCUGCCGCUGAAACCCAGCACCGCUUUAGAGGACAUUCUAGUCAAGCUCAACGAUAGCUUAUGUUCUGUUCUACCGCACACCUUACCUAAAGUUGUCCAUGUGCAGUUCAUCGAAGACAAUACAAAUGUUAUCCUGAAUCGAUACAAUGAACUACCUUUCAGCGAAUUGAAUCAAAAUCAGGCUUUGCAGUUUUUGUUCGAUGUGAAAUAUUUGACCUCCGUUUGUGUCAGGAGAGAAAAUGAACGUCUUAUAGGCGUUUCACAAGAUAUCUGUGAUAAAUUGAGAUCUAGGAUAGAUCCGUUCGAUCUAGACGUUUUCUAUACGUAUUUACAAAUGAACGUCAAGAAGGCAGCUGUACAGUCUCAGGUUAUAUUGGGCUGCUUGCUACCAUCUUCUAUGCAAAUGUCAAAUUUGGAAAUAUCUGACAGGAGCAAAGAACAAGAGAAAGAGCCAUCUGUUUUAGCGCUCAGUAAACCUUCAACGAAUGCUUGGUUUCCUUUGCUUCCUAUUACUGCGCCUUCUCAUAAACAUCUUGGUGUUUUUCCUGAGAAGAAAGAAAAGUUUCAAUUGGAGGCUAUUGAAUAUAGAAAACGAUUCAACCAGGAAAAACUGUAACCAAGACACCAAAAAAAUCAACAGAUAUUGGUUCCUCAGUGAAAUCUAACGCAUCUUCAAUAUUUAGUGGAUUAACAACGGACUGGUUCUCUUAACAAUAUGAGGUGUUUGUGCAAAGUCGAUUUUCAAGUAUUGUAAUAGAUAUUUUUAUAAAAAGCUUGUUGAUAUUGUUCUAUAGGACAGCUUUGAAAAAAUUAAUAUAUUUAUUAUGAAUCA